AUGGGCGCUACAGGCUCUAAGGACAAGUUGGGAGGGUCCCCGAGCAUGACAGGACUGUCGAGCAAUGUGAUAGCGGGUGGAAUGCCAGGAGGAGACCUUCAGUCUCCGGAACUGAAGUGUGCCGUUCCAAUCGCGUUCAGAUGGCACCAUGGUGCACAGCGGGAGGUUUAUGUCGUGGGUUCGUUCAGCAACUGGCAAACGAAGAUUCGUCUGACAAGAGAAGAUGAUGGGAGCUAUGGUACAGUGGUGCAGAUUGUGCCUGGUAUCCAUCAGUACAAGUUCAUCGUCGACGGAGAAUGGCGUUGUGCACAGGAUCAACCAAGAUGUUUGGAUUCUGUUGGAAAUGAAAAUAAUUGUAUUGAGGUUGAAGAGGCAGAGGCAGCCGAAGAGGCGCCCAUGGACCAAGACCCUACAAGAGAAGAGCCGCCUUCUCCUCGAAACACAUAUUCUUGCCCACCGGUCGAUCCAGAUGAGUAUAUCAAGGAUCCACCAGCGAUGCCGCCGCAUUUGCAGUUCUCGCUUCUCAAUCAUCCUCCGAUGCCCAUGCAAGGAUGCAUUCUCCCGAUGCCUCAUCAUAGCACUCUGAAUCAUGCGUUUCUCAACAAGGAUCUGCCAGAUGGACUUGUUGCAGUUGGGUUGACAAGUCGGUUUAGGGGGAAGUUUGUCUCGACAGUAUACUACACUGCAGCGUCGACAUGA